UUUACGUCACACGGAGAGCUCACGAUGGCGGUUGAUUUGACUCCUCGUUUCAGAAGGUUGAACAGCCAAACAAGAAGUUUUCGCGAAAACAUACAGCAUGGUUUCUCGGGGCCCUUCGGUGCCACCCAGCUGUGGCACAACAUCAUCCAGGCCCUGCAAACUCAGGUUGAGGUGCGCCGCUGCAGAAGGCAUCUGCGUGUUCAUGCUGAAUGUUUCACGGGAUCAGACGCUGUGGAUGCCGUCCUCAGCUAUUUGAUGCAGAAUGUGGUGUUCUGCACAAGUGAAGUGUCUCGCCUCAAAGCUGCUCGGCUCUGCCAGGCUCUGAUGGAGGCGAAGGUGUUCGAACCGGUGGGUACGAAGCUGUUUCGCAGAGACAAAGAAGUGACCUUUGAGGACAGCAGCUGCAGCCUUUACCGUUUCCUUGAAUAUAAAGUGUUGCCCAGUUUGAAGGAGUGCAAUAGUGACACAGAAAAUAUGCCACCAGAGGAACCCGGGCUCAAGAGGAAGAAGAGCUCCAGGCUGAAUGAACUGAGGACCAUCUCUAACCCUCUGGCUGUGGGAGCGUCAGACAGCAGGGUGGAGAGGCUGCUGAGAACCAUCAACCUGAAACCAACUUCAUCUACAGCUUUAAACACAACUCACAAUACUUCGACUUUUCUGUCCAAAGCUUUGGUGGAUGAGGUGUGGAAGCAGCAGACCCUGCUGCAGCUGCUGCAGAUAGUAGAGUUGCCCAUUCUGGACUGCAUCCUGACGUCUCCUGCCAGGGUUCAGCUCCAGGCCUGCAGAGCUCCUCUGGCCACCCAGGACCUGGUUAUCUCUAACACGUGCCUGGAGAGAGAGCUGCCCGACUCCCUUAAUCUGCCCCAGUUGGAUGGGUGGCUAUCAGCAGCAGCAGACUGCUUGGAGCUCUUUCCUGACCAGCUGAUCGUGGUUGCAGGGGAACAGCUCAGCCAAAAAGGUGGCGACGCCUUUUCAGAAGAUGACCAUGCAGAGCAGAUGGCGAGCCAAAAGAGACUUCUCUUUGACACCAUCGGCAAGUACUACAGUGGUCAGGAAAAAGCUCCACUUCUCUCAGGACGCCACCUGGAUAUACAUGCUGCCAUUCUCAAUUUGCUGGAUGAAGAGAAAGUGCAGGAUGCCAUCAAAGCAUCUCAGUUGUGUCUUCGACUGCUGGAGACGAGCGUGAGAGAUGAACUGAGGAGACUUCUGGCCUUUAUGGCUACAGCAGCUAACCCUGAUGCUUGCCGUCUCCAGAAACAGAUUGAUAACAGGGCCUUGGUGUGCCGCACUUUUCAAAGAGCAGUUGUCCAGAAUCAAGAACUGACUCGACCCCAAAGUGAAACCCUGGUGCUGUUUCUCAUGGACAACUGCACUGAGCUCUUCAAGACCCCUACUUCCCUUAUUGAAGCUGUGAGGAGAACACUGAGGACCAUGCAGCUGGGACAAGACCCUGACUCCGUUGCCACGUUCACCUUCUGCCAGCAGGUGACGCCACAGGAGUACGAGGACCAGCGGGAGGCUACCACCCUGGAGAGCCUCAAACAGCUUCUUCAUGACAUUAACUCGUGCAGAACCAUAGCUGUGAAAGAGAAGAGGAGGCUGCUGAAAGAGUUUGAAAAACACCACCCCGUGGUCUUCCUCCAGCAUUUAUCCAGCACCUUCUGAAACACACGACUGAAGGCUUUUACAGCGCUUACACUGAAGAACGAUGAUAAUAUAAUGCACAUCAGGGGUCUAAUUAAUCAUGCUGUGUUAGGGAUUGACACAUUAGGUGACUAUCAGUGUAGAUUUUCUAAUAAUUAAUACAAAUGGUGCUAUGACAGCACGGCUGUAGCUUCCCUAAACUUCUUUAAUUCACAAGAGGCCUACGGUAGUUGAGGUUAUAGAUGUAUUAUUAUGACUAUUAAAUAAGGCUCAAUUAGUUGUGAAUGGCUUUGCACUAGCUUAUAAACAAUGAAAUAACAGCUAAUCUAUGAUAUCAGGUGCCUAAAUGUGUGCUCGUGAAUUGUGGAAGUAAGGAGAACACAGAAAAAUUAAAUAUAAUAAUAUUUUUGACCAAAUAUGUCAAUAGCGAUAUUGUGACGAUGUAGUUUUGACUAUUGUUGCCUUGACAAAAUAUUCACACAAUGAGAUUUUUGAUGAUUUAAUCAUCAGUAAUGUGGAUAUAAUGACUAAGUGAGUAAAAGCAAGUAAUAGAAGAGCUAAAACAAUCUGGUUAGUUCAGAAAAUGACAUCGUUUUACUGUAAUGAAGCCUUUAAAACCAAGAAAAGACCACACGACUAGAUUGUCAUAUUACUGUAGAACACAGUUUAUUCAAAGUAAAAAAAAAAGAGAAACUUAAAAGGGAUUUCUGAGUUUGAUCGGGCAGUUACCAAGCAGUUUUAGGCUGCAGUUGAUGAACAGCUUGUGUGCUAAAUAAUGGUAUUGAUAUUUUAUUUGGAUUAAAUAAUGUGAGAGCUAUUUACGUUUGGAACUGGAAGUGUGGUUUGCAGAAGUUAUGCUAUGCACUUUGAUCAGGCUUUAAUAUUUCUACAUGUUAAAUGAAGAAGAACAAUAUUUUGGCAGCCAUUUUUUUGUUUUUUAAUUGUACUGUAGCAUGCUGUAGUGUGGUUGAGGGAAAUACUGGUUAAUACAACACUAAUGUAGCUGAAUGAAGUUUAAUACUCACUUGUUUUUUGUUAGAGAUGAAGACAGCAUUUUCUGUGAUGAUUUUAAAAUGAAUAUGAAAUUAAGAAAGAUAAUGUGUUAGGGUAGACACAGCUCAGGCUCAGGUUAAUAUAAUGUUUUAAUUAUCAGGUGUCUUUUAAUUGUAUCUUUUUAGGAUUUUACUUGAAAGGUGGACAUUAUUCUCCAUGUAAUUAAUAAUGACUUGAUAUUAUUUUAGGCUACUAAUUUAAUUUUUGGUUUUAAGCAUUAUGCCUCUGUUGGAUUUUAUUCUUUUAAUUCUUGAAGCCAUGGUCAUCCAUAAGUGAUUUACAGUCAAAUCACAUUACAGUCAGCAUCUUUUGUUACACUGAAAUCAUGAUAGAUUGCACUUUAUGAUGCUGAAACGUGCUUUACUUUCUGUUGGAAUAACACUUCUAAUAAAAGUUUAAUUAAUGUUUUCUCAAUC